CGAUGAUCCACACAGCACUGGAGCUGACGAUCGUCAGUUUGACCAGAACUUUCUAUGUGGUGGCAUCGCCGGAGAAACUCACGAUCGUGCGAGGAAUUUUGCUUGAAUUUAAUAAAACAUUCCACCACAGGCAUUGUAGAGAGUUACCAAGAGUUUAUUUUAUAAACUUUUUUACCACAAAGUGCAAUCAACAUUGUAUUUUCUAAAACGAUCCUCACGCUAUAUCACCGAAACGUUAAUUCGUACGAUUCUCAGGUCCUUGUGUGAUCCUUGAAUGAUUGGAAAUUUUUCCACAAAAAAAAAAACAUCCAAGAAAUAAAACAGUGUGCAGAUGAUUUUUGCCAAUUUAGUGUUUAAAAUACUCUGGUGGACUGAUUUUGCGCGUCUCAAUUCACGCACAACUCGGCGAUCGAAUUAAAAGUGUGGUACAUUAUUUUUUCUAUCUGCGGAGGUGCGAAGAAAAAGAUUGCCAGCGCGCCACGAUAAGAUAUUAUACAAAUGACUGUCGCUGAGGCAACGUAGACAAUUCAUUGAAAUCACUUUAUGGCCAAAAUUUACACCUCCUUAGCCCUGGGAUGAUCACUGUUGAUGAAGAAAUCACUUUAAGCAGAUGUGUCCAGAUCGCGUGUUCCAUAUGAGGAGACAGUGUUAUCCAAAAAGAUCAUUUAAACUGUUAUGAGGAUCAUUUGAAGAUCAACUAGAGACAUUGCCUAUAUUUCUUUUGGCUCUAAAUAGUGUCGUGAAAAGCAUAGAAAGACAUAAAACAGUGUUGUUAAAGAGAAACAAAAAAUUCAAGACUUUUUGCUUAUAAAAAUUUUCAUUCAUUCCAUGAAAGACAAUAAAAAUUGCAAAUAUCUGUUGUGUUAAGAAUAAAUUAAAAUCUUGUAAAAACAAAUGACUUUUUGAAGUAAAAGGAAAAGUGUGUGAAGAUCGUUCAAAUGAUGACUUUUGUAUGAUCUUGAAUCUCAUGAAGUUUAAAAAUAUUUAAAAACUCUAAGAAUUAAGAAAUAAGUUUAAGUGAAAACAUUUGAAAAGAUUGCUGGAAAGAUCAAUACAAGACUACCAAAAAAUAAUCAAUUGAGCGCACCGUCAUUCAAAGAAGGAAGACAAUAAAAUCAAUUGCUUAAAAAUUCUUCAGCAGAAAUUGCGUAAAAUCUGCUUAACACUGCACUAACCUUAAACAGGGAGAGAGAGUUUUUUUUUCAAUUGUAUUACAACGAUCACGAUCAAAUCGUAUGAUUGACACGACACAUUGAACUCACUCGUAGUUGUGUCAAAGGAAGAGAAGUCAACAAUUUCCGUCUAGAAAAAUUACAUUAUUGAUAAAUUUAAAAAAAAAACCAGAAGACUUUUCCGGGGAAGCAUUUUCUCACAGUGAAACUGUCCUCUAUACAAGUCAGAGAGAUGAGAAAUCAGAGUGAUUAAAGUGUACGAAAGUCAAACUCCAACGAGAGACCCGAUAACCUUCUGAUUGGUGGCGCACGUUUUCUCCCAGAUACGCCAGCAUACUGCGGGUUCAAUCAAUCACGUCUCUCUGGUGGGAUAGAAGCCCUGCUUAAGUCUUCAUACAUUCUCAAAGAGUGAUCGAUGAAGCGUGAAAAGGCAAAUUCUUUGUGUACUUUAUGAAUGCAAUCCGCGUGACACGAAAAGCACCCUAGAGUCAAGGUGUUGACCCCCCACACCAUCGCGUCAUAUAUUGAUAGAAAAGGUAAAAAAGGACAAGAAAAGAAGAGAAAAUGCCACAAAAACGAGUAAGAUGUUUAGUACGACAGAGGCGCAAGGAGAGGAGGAGGAAGAAGGCAAGGAGUGUUCCUGCUAGUACGUGGAUUCCAGAGUUUUUCGAGAUUGUUGAGGAAAAUGAAACACAGCACAAAACCAAAGAAGAUGAUGAUUUUGGAGAGAAAGAUUCGGGAUACGAUGAAUGGGAUUUAUCUAUGCCGUGGUUUGGAAUGGACAUCGGGGGGACAUUAACGAAAUUGGUGUACUUUGAACCCAAGGACAUUACACCGGAUGAAUUGGAUCAGGAAGCAGAAAUUCUCCGGAAUAUCCGGCGGUAUCUCACAAAGCAUUCGGCCUAUGGGAAAACAGGACACAGGGAUGCACAUUUGCAGAUGGACAAUGUGGAGAUUCGCGGUAGACGUGGGUCCUUGCACUUUAUUCGCUUUCCCACAUGCGAAAUGGGGAACUUCCUUACGUUGGCAAAAGUUAAGGGUAUGGCACAAUUGGUGACGACGGUGUGCGCAACGGGUGGUGGUGCGUUUAAGUUUGAGAAGGAUUUUAAGGAUGAGGUGAAUAUGAAAUUGGCCAAAUUCGACGAAUUGGAUGCCCUCAUCAAGGGGAUCCUCUUUACGGACAUGCACAAUCUCAAUGAAUGCUACUACUGGGAGAAUGCUUUAGAUAUAACAAAUAGCGAAAAGAAACAGUAUGACUUCUCAACGCCUUAUCCAUUUAUCCUCGUGAACGUUGGCUCUGGCGUUUCGGUGCUUACAGUUCGCGGCCCAGAUGAUUACCGUCGGAUAUCGGGCACAAGCCUCGGUGGUGGUACAUUCUUGGGGCUGUGUUGUCUCCUGACUGGCUGUCAGACCUUCGAGGAGGCCAUUCAGCUGGCCACGGAGGGGGAUCACAAAAAGGUGGAUAAGCUCGUGCGAGACAUCUACGGGGGUGAUUAUGAGCGCUUCGGGCUACCCGGAGAUCUCGUAGCGGCCAGCUUUGGGCAGAUGAAUUCUCGCGAAAGGCGAGCCAGUGUGUCCCGGGAGGACUUGGCCAAUGCCACCCUUGUCACAAUAACCAACAAUAUUGGUUCCAUUGCACGAAUGUGUGCAAGCAAUGAGAAAAUCGACAGGGUUGUCUUCGUUGGUAAUUUCCUACGUGUUAAUCCGAUUUCCAUGAAGCUGCUUUCCUUUGCCAUGGACUACUGGUCCCGGGGUACACUCAAAGCCCUCUUCCUUGAGCACGAGGGCUACUUUGGGGCCGUUGGGUGCCUCUUGCAAUUCAACGGGGAAAUCAUGAGUGGAUGCUACAGCAACGAUAACCACGAGUCUUCGAGUGCAACGGGCUCAGAGGUUGAAUAAAUUUAUAAUGAUGAAAGAAUGGAAUGAAAAAAAAACCCACAUCAACUGAGACUGUGAAUAUUUAAAAAUUCUACAGAGCAGAGGUGAAUGAGAAAACUUUAAAAGUUAAGGCAUAAGAACUUUUUUCCACUAUCUUUAAAAAAUCUUUUUGAUUUUUUUUUCACACCGGCAUGGUUCUUAUUUGUAAAGAAAUUGUUGUCGCGUUGAUUUUGAAUUCUUUUGAAAAAUUCAAAUAAAAUUUUUUUAGCGAAUAUAACGGAUCGAUAACGGACAAUGAGAAAACUAAUAAAAGUUUAGGUAAAAAAAAUAGAGAUAAAAUAGGAAAAUAACUGGAAAGUGUUAAAAUUACAUUGUAUAAUAAUAAAUAAAAUGAGCUCAAAAUAUUAAAA